UCCAGUGUCAUCGUCGAGCUAGGGUUUACUGAUUCUAUCUGUCUUCUUCCUCAUUUCUCAAAGAACUUGAGAGAUUCAGUGAGCGCCAGAGAGAUGGGCUAUUCGAUGGAACAGUUACUGCAGCAACUCAAGGAACUUCAAAUUGAUUAUAACCGUUAUGAUCAUCCUGUUGUAUUGACAGUUGAGGCUCAGGCUAAACAUGUUGGGAAUAAUAAAGGAGCAUUGAGCAAAAACCUCUUUUUAAAGGACAAAAAGAAUAGGUUUUACAUUGUUUCUGCCAUGGCCGAUACCAAAGUAGAUUUGAAAGUUCUAUCUCAGAGACUUGGGUUGGGAAAGACAGGCUUGAGAAUGGCUCCUGAAGAAGCGUUGCCUGAAAUACUUCAGGUUCCACUUGGUUCCGUUACACCAUUUGCACUGGUGAAUGAAUCGGCCAGGCACGUCUCUUUACUGCUGGAUAAAGGAUUUAAAGAUCAGGAUUUAUGUAUCUUCCAUCCUCUGUCAAAUGAUGUCUCAAUAGCUCUUACAGCAAAUGAUCUAGUCAAGUUUUUUAAAUCAAUAGGGAAGGACCCUGCAUAUGUUGACCUGGAGGCUAACCCACCAGUUGGGAAAGAUCAACCUCCUGAUCUAGCAUCUUUGGUACCAUCUGAUGCUGUAGUGCUGCUGACAAGUCCUUCUGAAAAGUCUGAAGCGAACCCUAUUCCUCUUAAUGAUAAAUCUGCACCUGCACCUGUUAAAGGUAAAUCAUCAAGUGUUGCGCAGAAGGAGAAAUCUGGAAAAGGAAAUCUGGAAAAGGCAAAGCCUACUACUACUACCUAUGCUGAUUCUAAGAGAUUUGUUGAAGAAGUACUGGAAAAGAUAAAUGUGGAGAUUGAGCGAAAUGGAAAAGAGAAUGGUGCUUUGACUACAUAUAAUCUUAGGUUGGAGUUGGAGACUUUGGCUACGAGCUUCAAGAACAUGGCAUACACAGAAGGUUUUCAUGCCGCUUCUAGUGCUACCAAGCAACGCAGUUUUGGGUGCCUAUAGAUUGAUUGAAUUUAUAGCUGUUUUGACAUCAAGAUCAAAUUGUCUUCCAUGCCUUCUCUUUUUUUCUUGUUUUUGAAUUGAGAAGUGUUAAGUCUUUUAUAAAUAUAGUUGUUUUGGAUUAAGGGUCA